UUUAUUGAAAAUAGUGAAAAGACAACAGAUCAAAGGCUCAAACUGGAACACUUCGUUUUCUUGAGAUGUCCCACUCUUGACUGAUACAGGAUUCCAGCUGGUCAACAGUUUGUAGUCCCCUUUAUCCUAUUUUUUGAUUUUGUGGCGUACCUAAUGUUUUAAAUCUGUCACGAGUCGGUACUGCAGGCGAGUCAGUUAACCACCUGGACUCUUCUACUACCAGGACCUGCUGUUGUCAUAUAUCCUUAAAAUAAUUUGGCGUCCUCUUGCUGACAUAAACAAAGGCUACCUUCACACUGCAGGUUAUGAUGCACAAUUCAGAUUUUUUGUUAAAUCCGAUCUUUUUGUGCGGCCGUUCACAUUACAACAACGAAUGCGGCAUCUAAUGCGAACGGAAUGCGUUCGUGAAGUGACCCGCAUGCGCACAAAGCAGGUUGGCGCCUGUUUAUGUUGUCGAAUAAUGGUGAGCGUCCACACUGCAGUCACAUGGGAUACAUAUCCAAUUUAUAUCCACAUACAAAAGAGGUCUGGGUCGGAUUUGAAAAAAAAUCAGAUAUGAAAAAAUCAGAUAUGUGUCACAUAUGGUUAAAAAGUCAGAAUUGACCUGCAGUGUGAACAUAGCCCAUGUCUUUUCUGAAAAUGUAAUCAUCUGGAUGGCAGCAUAAAGGGUUAAAAAAACUCUCUCUAUAUAUAUUUUUUAAUAUUAAUGAUGCCUUCCAGAUAUGUCAGCUACCUAUGCGACUGAUACUUCGGCACCUGAACACUGUCAGUGACGCUGGCCUUAUAAAUGUGCGCUGAUGUGAAUCCAGGUGGUCCUUCUCCUCUUUAGAGUGCAGAAUAGGUGUGUCCAUGACUUCAAAAAAGAUCGUCAAUUUGGAUCAGUGAAACCACCAAACAGUCAGCCUCAGUUCACCCUGGAUGGACUCUGUCAGAGAAGCUUCUGGAUCUUAUUUAUAAACCGUUUCCUCUGCGCAUGGUUCAGUUUUGUGGAUGCAGGAAUGAACUAUGUUAUUUCUACUACAGUCAUAUUUAUUUUUAAUGCAGUGCUGCCUGAGGGUCGGAAGAUUGUGUCCAUCCAGUACCGGUCAUCGUCUUUGUCUCCUUCCUCCAGAUUCUCUGAGUCUUAAAAUGACUGCAGACAUCUUUCUGUCCGAUAGACCUGAAGGCUCUUUUUGUACCCAGUCAUGUUGUUAAUCUGCUGAAAGGUAAUGUCAUUAGAAAGGAGAUGUUCCUUUGGCUGUUUUUGAAUUUUUUCAGCAUUAUACAACUCUCCCAGUGUUUUCUUCUCAUACUCAUUGUUUGAAAUCUACUGCUGGCAUCAAAUUCAAAAUUACAGUAUAUUUUUUACAACUCAAGCUGGUUUCAAAGUUAGUUUUUUGUUUUUAAAAUAAAUCUAAAGGCCUUGAAGGAUCUGCCAGCAUCUGCAGUCUGUCUAUUAACAUUGUCCCGACAACAGUGUCCCUACUCUAGGUUUGGAGGUCGUAUUUCUGACAGUUAAGGUGCCUACAGAGAACACAGAGGACAAACACACUCCACAGCAGCUGAAUCCCUUAUUAUCUCUUUUUUCUUCUGUAGUUAGACUGAGUCAUAAAGGUUUGUCAGUACAGAGGCUAUCAGGUAUAUUUUACACUUGAUUAAAUAAAAUUUUUCUCAAUUCAAACUAAUUUAGACGGAUAUAUUGCUGUGAUGACAGAUUAAAAUGCUGACAGGAUCAAAUCUCACAAAUAUCCAUGUGAUCCGACAGCGCACGAACACUGCAGAUUAUCCCAAAGAAUAAAAAUAAACCCCCAGCCGGUAAAGUGGCAGCUUUUGUGGGCAUAUAGGUGCAAAAAUUGUUUUGUGAAAGCCCUUUGUCUUACACCAGGGCCCCUGGCUUUAGUCACAUAAGGCCGUCUCUUGUUAUUAGGUCAAAAACAGGAGGCCUAGCAGCUGCCAAACAACUCUCCCCCUGCUGAUGCCAAAUACCUGAUCUUUGCAUGUUAUUUUUCCCCCUAACAAUGUCAGUGUGAUUCGGCAGGAGUUGAAUCACAGCUGGCGUGACAGUGACCAGAUCUGAGGUGCUUUAGAAGGGCAGAGGUCGAGCCUAUUUCAGGAGGAGGAGGAGGAGGUGGAGGCUAGCUCGCUUAGCUGGCUGCUUGGUUGGUGCAGAGUGCGUCAUACAGUCCCUGCACACGAGUGACGGGAAUGGGAGACGCCAUUUUGAUACAGUGGCACAGAAAACAUGCCAUAUUGCACAAUAUCGCUCACAAUCCCCAUCUCGAAUCAUUUCAGAUGUCAAACAUUCACAUGAUUCACAAGACUUACCGUUUUCGCAAAACAAAGACAUAAACACAACGCUGAUCGUCCAAGAGCCGCAGUGAACGGUGGUCGAUAGCUGGUGCUGGUGUUGUAUCGAUUACAGCAAAGGGGGGGUUCUUGACGGGGUUUUGGCUCUCGAAGAUGCACAGUUAAACAGCCUCAAGCGUCCAAACUGUGCAGAUGUCAGGGUUUAGAGACAGGCAGAGGUGAUCUGGAGCGUCUUCAGGGGGGGUUUGGGGACCUUUAAAAGGGAGAAGGAGAGGACUGUCACCCGGGGAGCAAACAAGCGUUAGCACCAUCAGCUCAGGGUACCAGGGGCUUUACAAGGGGUGGGGGGCUCAGACUCAACCGUCACCAACAAUGUUAGAGGAGAUUUAAGGACUCCCACGCGCCCCCGUUAUGAAAAACCGUUAUAGUUUUCUGUUGCUAAUUGGAUAUGAGGCGUAAAUGACGACGAGCUAACGAGCUAAAGUGACCGUUACACGUGUUUCAUCAACAAAUUCUUAAUUAUUAUUAUUAAUCCAAGCGUAAAUAAAACAUCCAUUAAAACACGUUAAUAUUCAUGUAAUCUAUUACUAAAUUUAGCUUUACAGUUGGUCGUAGGAGUUACAUAAACAGCCACCCGUAAUGAUAAAUCUCCAGGAAAUAGUCGGAGCCCAGAUGCUAAAGCGCACGAGCCCCAGCGCUGACGAAGCGGUUAGCUCUGAUAAUGUGAUUAGGUUUUAUCUUUCACAGCGGUUAAACAGCUUCAUUUUCCCUCUGAAAUAAUAAUCAUCGACUAAAUCUACGACAUAAAACGCAGAGGAAAAUGUUGUGAAAUAACUGCGCAUCUUACCUCUCGAAUGUUCUGAGAAAUGCUGUUACUCACGUCGCUUUAACUGACGAACGAUAAGUUGACGACAACAACUGUGUGACGAACUUCCGUUGAAGGUAAAGUCACAAAAUAAAUGUUUAAAUUCAACGUGUUGUUUUUGACGAAAACAGAAUAUAAAAACGACCUUAUUGUAGAAGAAAAUUUCAUCCAACCAAAAUCAAAAUGAACGAUUAAAUUUGGACUAACCAGGGGUAAAAUAUCACGAAAUAAUCAAGAGUCAAGAACAAAUUACAUACCAAAAAAAAAGAUAAUAAUAAUAAAAAAAAUAAUAAAAAUCAGGAUACAGAUUUUUUAAAGAAAAAAUUUACCAAAAAUCCUAGAUAAACAAUUGAUCAUCAAUACAAAAGAUGAAUAAAUAAAUAAAUAAAUACAUAAAUAAAGAAUACCAAAAUAACCCCUCCCACACACACACACACACACACACACACACACACGCACAAAAUCUUUUUCAGAAAUAAUUCACAAAAAAUCCGGAAGGCAAGUCAGGCAAAAGCGAAAAUGAUUAUAAAUACAAAAAUAAAUAAAUACAUAAAUAAAUACACAAAAACACAAAAGCACCCCCCCCCCCCACCACAGAAAACAUUACUAUAAAUACAAUAAAUACAUAAAUGAAUAAGAAAUAAAAAAAACAAAAAAUAAGGAUAUGGAUUUUUCGCCAUUUGACAGUCAGAAAGUGCAGUCCACUUUUUUGCCACAAUAUUUGUCACAAUACUAUUACUACUUUUAAGUUUUAUUUUGAAAGAAAUCAAGGAAGUGUCCUUAUCUGGCUUGACGCCUACGCACGGAUACUCCGUUCUGAUUGGCUGACGACUCGACGCUGGACGUGCGUAGGUGCUUCCUCAACUUGACUAGCAGAAACAGCAAAAUAGAAGAUGGUGAGUAUGAAAUGGCGAAAAGACUUACAUUUCCGACAUUUAAAGCAUUUAUUUCAAUUUCUCUGCCUGUAGAUGUUAUUUUAAAACAGAUGUGUGCGCUGGAAGAGCGAGAAUACGGUCUCACAGUCACAGUUUGAGGGGUUUUUAGUGUAGCUUGAGUCCGGGAUGGAUCAACGAUCACAUGACAGCUGAUCAGACUCCCCAAAUUCAACCCAACAACCCACCUGCACAUGGUUAUUCACUCGGUUUGCUUGCAUCGAUACCUGUUUGUUGUCAUUCAUAUUUACCAGCCAUUCUUAUUGUAUGAUGCAGUUGUUGCACAGUCUUUGGUACUUUUUCCUGUUGGCUAGCCAGUUAGCUGUCUUUGCUAACAGGCUAACAGCGACUUUACCAUGAAGUCACAUUUUCUCUGCAGGAAUAACGAUUUUAACAAAGUUUUCAGCGUAAAAUUUAACUGUCAGUGACCUCAGAGGUAAGCAAAUUGGCUAAUAUAAGGAUUUCCCUCACAUUAGAACCACAGUUAAAGAUGUACUACAUAUUUUUUCAUUCAUUUUUUACUGUUUUCAGCUUCAAAACGUGUCCAUCUGUGCUUCAGGAGUUUGAAAUAAGAUGUUUUAUGAUCAGCAAGUUUGAGUUAACACAAUCAACACUUUUGUUUGCUUUAUUUCAUGAUUUUGCAUGUGCUCCCCCUCAGACAGAAACGUUUUAAUUUGCUUUUAUCAUUGUCACUAACCACCAACCUUUCACAGCUGAUUCAACCACAUUGUUGUUUAAUAUCAGUCCACGUAAUCCAUUCACUUUUUAAUUUCUAAUUUCAGUUUUCCCCUCUUGUCCCGAUCCUUUUCUUUCUUUUUUUUUUUAUCUUUGAUCGUACUUCAUGUCGUUCUCUCCACGCACAUCCUGCCUUCCUCUCUAUCACACCUGCUCUCCUCCUCCUCCCACUCCUUUUUGCCUGUCUUCAAUCAACCAGGCUGGUCACCGGGUAAGUUCCCUCGCUCUGUGUUGGAUCCCUGUUUUCUGCUCACUUUUCUAACUGACUCACUAACAUUUAAUUGGGAUUGCUUAGCUGGUAUAAAGGUCGGCUUUGUCUAGGUUUCAGCUGCAAUACAGUGAUCUGGUACCCAGCAGGCUUUAUGAUGCUUAAAGGGAUAUUCCGGCGUAAGAUUAAGUUAGGGUCAAACACACUGCAACACAGAGUUAGACACCCCCUUGAGAGAUUAAUGUUGCCGACUGCUUGCUUCUCUAGUUAUACCAACUUUAGUAACGACCGCACGAUAGCAAAACACAGCGGUCUGAGGAGCCAUAAACAAACCUCAACCAAAACGCCACUCUAUAGACACAAAUAAUGCUCAGAACAGCACCUAACUUCAUCAACAGUACAUAUAGGGUCCUAGCCACAGCACUAGCAACCAAACAUCUUUUUAGCUUUGCCUAAUUUCUUUAGCAAAGAGACUAAACACGGUCGUUACUAAAGUUGGUUUAACUAGAGAAGCAAGCGAUCUGCAACAUUCAUCUCUCCAGGGGGUGUCUAACUCUGUGUUACCGGUGUGUUUGACCAUAACUUAAUUUUACGCUGGAAUAUCCCUUUAAGUUACAGCUUCCUAUGGCUUGUGUUCUUCAUAAAGAUUCUUAAUUACUUAUCUAUAGCAGUGGUGAUCGAGGUACAUAAAAAUCAAGUGAAGAGAGUGAGCUUUGCCAAUAAAAACAAAGAGUUGAAACAGAAGAUUGAAACAGAUUUUCUGAAGCACCACCGUUUUCAGUGUGGCAUUUAUUAAAAAGAAAAAAAAAAGGGGGAGAAGCCAAGAGUAAAAAUAACAUCGCCAUGGUGUCAAUACAGGUAUAAUUGUUUCAUAUGAGAGUUUAAAAUUCUGACAUUGUGACCACUCUAACCUGAAGUAAUCCAGAAAUAAAUGAGCUACAGAAUCAUAACAUUCCUUAAAAAUUAUUUCAAGAAACUUUUUUCAAUCUCCUCUUCAAGCCACGAUUAAAAAAGCCAAACUCCUUAAUUAUAAAAGUAGUUCAAGGUUUAGUUUAUGUUUCAGACUGAUUUACGGUUUAGCUUAAGACCCCUGUUGAAUUUAUUUUACACCUAAAUUAACAUUCACAGCAUCUUCACAGGGUUGUUUUUAUGUUUCAGGAUUACUUCAAGUUUGUUGGUGUUGUUGAAUCUAAUUGACGUGUGUGUAAAAGAAAUAGUUUUCUUUUUUUAUCCUCAUCUGUUAUUGAGUGUCUGGAAUCCAGCUGUGCCGAGGUUUUCCAAUUAAGACCUAAUUUUUAUUCAAGUUUUUAACAGAAAUUUAAAGUCCGGCUUGAAUUCAGACGCUUAAUAAACUCAGCUUGUUUCUCACAAUCGAUGCUUGUUAAGCUUUAUGAGAUGAGCCUUGGUAUUCAUACUGUGGAGCUACUCUGAAGUGAAUUGUUUGGGUGCAUAAUAUCAAUCUUGAUCCUGUUUUUGUGGUUGUAAAUAAUCUGUGAUUAAACUCUAUAAUAGGGCCUGACCGAUAUGGAUUUUUUGGGGACGAUGCUGAUACCGAUUAUUAGGGGGGAAUAAAAUCCGAUUACCGAUUAUCAGCCGAUUUUUUAAAAAAACUGGGAAGUUAUUAAAAUAUAUAUAUAUAUAUGAACUGUAGACAUAUACAGAUACUAUAUACUAAAGAUUUACUGUAGGCUACUGUUCUUCACGCCGACAGGAAAACCGACUGAUCAAACUCGGACCAGAAAAGCGUUUUAAACUACCCCGCCGCUGAUCGGUGCCUCCGCGUCUUAACUCCCGUUACUCAUUUCCGGUCUGGUCUCAUCUGGAUACAUGCAGCUGCCUCAGUAAGAGAAGUAGCUCGAUCACGUAAUGUGUACUGUUGUUUAUUCUACCAUUACUGGCACGGCUAACAGUGUAGCAAGGCUAAUAGCAGGUGGCUAACUCUAACUUUAGCUUUUACCAAAUCUUAUUCUCCGCAUUUUAUUUCUGAAAAUAUUGGCAAAAAUCGGCGAGUUUUGGCCGAUUACCAAUUUGUCUUAAAUGGGCUAAAAUUGGCCAUUUAAUCGUCUCGCCGAUAAAUUGGUCGGGCCCUACUCUAUAAUAAGCAACUAAGGAGUAUACGCGUUCUGGUGUAUUUCGGCUAAUCAGUGGCAUUCCGCAAGGCUCCAUCCUCAGCCCACUUAGCUUCUCAAUAAAGCUACAUCAACCGUUCUGAACUCUCUUAACCUCUCUCUCUGUGUAUGUAUGUGUGUGUGUGAUGCUCAGUUGGUCCUGGUGUUAGGUGACCUGCACAUCCCCCAUCGGUGCAACACCCUCCCAGCCAAGUUCAAGAAGCUGCUGGUCCCGGGGAAGAUCCAACACAUUCUCUGCACAGGCAACCUCUGCACCAAGGAGAGCUAUGACUACCUGAAGACUCUCGCCGGAGACGUCCACAUAGUCCGAGGAGACUUUGAUGAGGUGUGUGUUUGUGGGCGGAGCCUUGUUAACAGUCGCCUAAAUACCAUCGUAUCAGAAACAGGGAUGUGGAUUUUCUAAUCUGGCUUUGUGUUGAGUUAUUAUGUCAAAUCUAAUGGGAUGUCAGUGUUGAUAUGAAAAUUAGGUGUCAGGUGCUUCUUUCCUGCUGAAUUUUUUAAGAGAGGUUUUGAACAUUAGCUACAUGGGAGCCAAAAAGGCCAUUAAUUCUAUUCCUGAAUAUUUAAUGGCCAAGUGUGAGGAAAUGGAUCUCUUGCUGAUACUAAAGACUAAUUAGAGUGUGAUGAAACUUUAAAAGCUCCCUUUUUGCCAACUGACUCUUACCUGCUUGCUUCACUAUUAACAGAAACAGUUUCAGGUGAAGAUGUGGUUUAUCAGCAAAAAAAAGCUUUACUAUAAGAAGAAAAGUCCCGUCAAUUAAACUCAUCAAUCGUCAUUCUGUCUAAUUUUGUUUCUCAGAACUUGAACUAUCCCGAGCAGAAGGUGGUGACAGUCGGCCAGUUCAAGAUCGGCCUCAUCCACGGUCACCAGGUGAUCCCUUGGGGCGACAUGGCCAGUUUGGCGCUGCUCCAGAGACAGCUGGAUGUCGACAUCCUCAUCUCCGGGCACACGCACAAGUUUGAGGCAUUCGAGAACGAAAACAAGUUCUACAUCAACCCCGGCUCUGCAACAGGAGCCUACUGCGCACUGGAAAGGUAGAGAAUCACGAGCUGAUGAACUUCAAAUGCAAAUAAUCUAGGAAAUCCACUGAUAGUUGUUAGUCCUGAUUCACAGAUGAAAAUUUUUAACUUGAAUUUUUUUUGUUUGUUGGUCCAGAUUUAGCCUAAGAUUUAUAGUCAAACUGUGUCUCAUGAAAAAAAAAAAACAGACAGGCACACUCUCAUGGAAUUUAAUGACCAGCCUCAUUUGACAUUUUACUAAUCCGCCUCUUAUUAUCUGCAGAUUUAAAGGGAUAUUCCGGCGUAAAAUUAAGUUAGGGUCAAAUACACUGUAACACCGAGUUAUACACCCCCUCGAGAGAUGAAUGUUGCCGACUGCUUGCUUUUCUAGUUUUACCAACUUUAGUAACGACUGCAUGAUAGCAGAGACCUCCGGGCGAGUCCAUCAACUACAGCUGGGUGUCGCAGCUCAAGGAAGAACAUUUAUGAUCAUUUCUUUAUCAUUUCCUUGAAGUAAUAAUCACCAUAAUAAUCUGAUUGCAUUUCCAUGAAGAAAUUAUCAUAAAUGUUCUUCCUUGAGCUGUGUCACCCAGCUGCAGUCGAUGGACUCACUCGGAGUCCACGUUAUUUGUGGUUAUAGAGUGGCGUUUUGGUUGAGCGCAUGGCUCUCUGUAUUGCUAUCGUGCGGUCGUUACUAUAGUUGGUAAAACUAGAGAAGCAAGCGGUCGGCAACAUUAAUGUCUAACUUGGUGUUACUGUGUGUUUGACCCUAACUUAAUUUAACGUCGGAAUAUCCCUUUAAGACACAUGAAUUGAAUCACAUGGAAAUCGCUUUUUUUUGGGUUUAGCCUUUGUGUAGCUUAUAAUUUACAGUGAAACUGAGACUCAGUAUAAAAAAUGAUGAUCUUGUAGUCCUUUAGGGGACUUCACGAACCCAAAAGAGGCAGAAUUCACUGUGCUGACAUAUCGGGGGGGUAUUCAUUUAGUCUCCCUUUGGAUCUGAACUCUCAGUCUCGUCUGAGUUGCUUAUUGGUUGACUAACAGAGCAGCACAGUGAAGAGGAAGUCUUGGCUGCAAGUUAUUCAUUGCUAAGAGAUUGCAACACAGAGCAUACCAAGUAGUUGUGUUGAGUUCCCACAGGUGAAGCGACAGUGAAAUAGAGCGCAGACCUCCUAAAACACUCCUGUCCUCUCUGUCCUUACAGCAACAUCACCCCCUCUUUUGUAUUAAUGGACAUCCAGGCGUCCACAGUGGUGACGUACGUUUAUCAGCUGAUCGGCGACGACGUCAAAGUGGAGAGAAUCGAGUACAAGAAAUCUUAAAGGAGAGAACAGUUUGGUUGACGUGGCUCAGUGUAUCAUUUCAUUCCUUUCCACCAGGGGGCAGCAGCUCCCCCUGCAGUCACCACGAUGUUAAUGCUGUAACAAACUGUUCAGUAACUUAACUCUAAAAAAACACCUGUGUAUUAUAUUGUUCAUAUGUCAUCAGCAGCAGCUGCUUGUAUCUGAGCUGUCGUUUGGUAACUGUAGAGAAUCCAAUAAUGUCUCAUUUAUUUGUUUUAAAAGAAAAAGAUAUUUGGUGCCAUUUUCUCUUUUUUUUCUGUCUUUUCUUAUUUCUUCCCUUGUCAUGUCAUAUCUAUGUAACAAACAGGCCUUUAGUGAGCUAUAGUCAGGCUUUUUUCAUUCAUUUUACCCCAAAAUAAAAAUCUCAAUUCACUCCA